AAUUCUAUUAUAAAUUCAACACAAUCACAAUUCAUAAGUGGCAGUAAACAAGACAGCUUUCGAGCGGAAACACUCUCUGCAACUAUAUGCAAGGCACGAGUGGCAGAGUUGGUACAUAUGACACUGGAUGAUGGAAGUUAUCUAAAAGGUAACUGGGACAAAAGGAUCGAGUUACUAGAUAAAGUGAUAAAGAAACUCAAAGACCCACAAUUCCUGCUGGAACGGUUGACAUUGUUGCAACAGUCAAGUAAUACAGCUCUGAGCCAAUACUCUGUAAACGAGAUUCACAAGGCACAUCUGAACUCCAACCAACUCGAUCAGAAUGAAGUUCUACAUUUGGACUCCAACCAAUCCAGUCGGAAGGAAGUUCUAUUUCUCGACGACCACAUCUUCUUUCAGAUAUUAGCUCUAGAUAGAUUGAUAUGGGUGUUAUAUCGACAUCUCAAAGGUAAUUUUUUAAACCACGCUAAAGAUCUGUUUGCGAGCAUCCGAAGGUACGAGGAGAGUUACCGAUCCAGGAAGGAAGAACUUGAGCAGGAUCAGGAGUUUCUAAAGCAGGCGGUUCAAUCAAUGAAGUAUAGGGCUGAUCCUCUUUUAAAUCUCAAAAAGAUGAUGGAACUGAUUACUACUAUCGUAGCAGUUGUGAACCUAGAGAGCUAUGAUCAGGUUGGAGGAUACUUUGUAGUUAACUUAUGUACUUUUGAAAGAAAGGCGAGGCAGUUAAUACUCGGCCUUCCUCCAGCCCCACUUCAUAGCCAAGCGAUCAUCUGUCAAGAGGGACAACCAGAUGAAAUGUCUUUAAUCAUAAAUUUACUGGCAGAGAGAGUAGAAAAUUUAAAGCUGCCCAGCCAAGAGAUGUCGUAUCCUCUCCUAAUAGAACAAGAUCUUGAUUUUGACAUUCCUAUGGAAGACUUUAUGGAUGAUACCUGUAUCAUCCACAGCUACAAGGUCUUUAAGCGUAAUGGCGACGUGCUGAAUGAGAUAUUUGAAAACUACCCUAAUAUUGCAGACAAUUUUAGAAUUACCCACCCAGAUUCUCAAAGCUUCUUUAUGAACUCGCUAGCAGAAUUGUAUCAAAAGAUAAAAAGUGAGGAAGAGAUGCUCCAGCAAAACGAUAUCACAAAUAUGUUGUCAAUGAUCCAAGACGAGGAGCUACAAGAUAUCGCAGAUAUGGAGUCAAAACUCCAAGACUUGGAACUCAGUGGUUUGCAGCUUUCAGGGCUAAAAGAAAGGUUGAAAGAGGUCCGUGAAAGUAAACGCUUGCUACAACAGAUCAACGGUAGGAAAGCUAUCGAAAACAAAGCCAGGCGGGAGAGAGAAGAAGCCGAGCAGCAGCUGCUGGCCAAGUUACAGAAGAAACGAAGAUUUUAGUAAUCAUUAUUAGUAUUUUUUUUCCUUUUUUACCAUAGUGAUUCGAUGAUUAGAUCACUUAUAGAUGCAGUAGUGGUGUUGUAAUGAGACAUCCAUUAUAUAUAUAAAUUGUGAAUUGAAGUUCUCUUUCGUUUUUUUAUACAA